GUGUGAGAAUAUUUAUUCAAAAAAAAAAAAAUCGAUGGAAAUAUUUAUUUGAAGACGGAAGAAGUAAUUUGUUUGUCGUGUGUUGAUGAAGCGCGUUGUAGAGCUGAAAUCUAAAGUAGUAGUGUACAUAAGUGUGCUGUGCUGCAAAAACAACCCAACAAACAAACAAAACCAAAAAAGGAGAAAGAAAAAAACUAAAGCAGCUGCAAAACCCUCCCAAAAGCAAACCUCAAUUCAAUUCAUUUUCAUCGCCCAAACUCACCAAUCAAUCCAUGGCGGUAUCCCCCGCCGGAGAUCCCCCACCGCCGGAGAUCGACCAGCGCUUCAAUUCGUCGGCGCUGCUGCUCCGGCUCAUGAGCAAGCGGCGGACCUGGGUCUGCCUCUUCGUCUCCGUCUACACGCUCCUGCUCUUCCUCUCGUGGAAUUUCCUCAAAUCCGUCCUCUCCUGGUACGAAUUCGAGUCGGCGGCGGCCUCCCCGUCGGGUAAUUGGGCGGCGCUCUACGCCUCGCUGCUGCUGGGGGCGGCAUUCGGCGUGCUGUCGAUGGUGGCGGCGCUCGCGGUGGCGGUGCCGGCCACGCUGGUGACGUGGAUAACCGUGCUGGUGCUGCUCACCUUCUGCGGCAAGCCGAGGAAGACGCUGGUGGUGGAGGGGAAGAAAUUGACGGCCGAGAUCAUCGGAUUCGUGGUCAGGGUUUUGAUCAAGGAAGGGAAUCUCGUCGCCGCGGUUUGUGCUGUUCUUGGAUAUUUUGCCCUUGUUAGGCAUCGGGAAAAUGGCGGUGGGCCCCUUGAUUUUCAAUAAAAAUGCCCAAGUAUAUCCAUUUUCCCCCUUCUUUUUUAACUAAUCUUGUAACAAAUGUGUUGUAGUUAUGUAAUAUAUACUCUAAUUAGUAAUUGAUCAUGGGCUCUUUUCUUGUUUUUUUUUGCUCAAA